CGACAUAAAAGUGGCUUCCACAGUUUUAAAUCCUUCCAUUUCACGAGAACAAGCAAGUCUUUUUGAGCGUAGCAAGCAUGUUUCACGAGUUGGAAUCUUUAACUCCUGCCGAUCGGGAUCUUUUUCAUCGUUUUGGUCACGGACCUCGUGUUGAACCUAGAUUCUCGUUGGUUCACAAGGCAUUCGAAGAUGUCGUUGACUCCCAGCCCUCACUAGUUGCUGCUGAACAUGAUGGCAACAGCGUUACUUAUCAGGAGCUCGAAAGGUUAUCCAAUGUCCUGGCUAAUGACCUCAUUCGGAGUGGCCUUGAGCCACGGCAGCGUGUCUGCCUCGUUCUUCAGCGUUCUAUUGAUAUGGUAGUUGCAAUUCUUGCCGUAAUAAAAUGCGGUUGUCAAUACGUUCCUCUAGAUGGCGGAGUAGUGCCCGACAAUGUCAUGUCCCACAUCUUUGAAGACACACAAGCACAGUUUGUGCUCUGUCUUGGGAAAUUCCAUCACAAAGUCCAGCAAUGUGCUGGUUCCACGACGACGAUCGUCGUAUUAGAUGCUCCUAGAGAUGAAAAGAGCAGCUCCAUUUCCACAGAAAGGCCAGCUGUGAGUCUUAAUUCAUCAGAUGGACUAUAUAUCAUUUACACCUCAGGAACCACAGGAAAACCAAAGGGCGUUGAUGUCAGCCAUCAGAAUGUAACCAACCUGAUCUGUCUUCCUCCUGGGAAUCUCGGUAUCAGUACAGGCACGAAAGUGCCGCAAUUGCUAUCGAUCUCUUUUGACAUGGCACAAUGGGAAAUCCUGGCAACACUCUUAAAUGGAGGCACGCUGGUUUUGCGUACUUCGAAUUGGAAUGAUGUUUUAAAGCAGGCCAACACGAUUAUAGCAACGCCAUCAGUUCUUCGAAAGCUGGAUAGAGCUGAAUAUCCUAACAUUCAGGUGGUGGCUUUGGCUGGAGAGCCGUGUCCAAAAUCGCUGGCUGAUGAAUGGGCAAAGGAGGCCACUCUCUAUCACUGUUGCGGCCCGACAGAGGUUACGAUCGUGAACACUAUGCAUGUUCACCAGCCAGGGUAUGAUAUGUCGAUCGGGCGGCCUGUACCAAACACUGAUGUGUACAUUCUUGACGAAAAUGAAAAUUCCCUUCCAAUUGGUAGUAUCGGUCUCAUGUGGGCCGGCGGUCGUUGUGUGUCACGAGGUUAUCUGAAUCUACCAGAAGAAACGUCAAAGAAGUUCAAACUGAAUAAGUUUGUUAAUGAUGGGUCUUUUAUGUUCAACACUGGUGAUCUUGGCCGAUGGCGAGACGAUGGCACCUUGGAAACUCUUGGAAGAAUCGAUGAUCAAGUAAAGAUUAAAGGAUUCAGAGUGGAGUUAAGUAGUGUGGCCACUGCAAUAGAGCAAACACCCGGUGUCAGUCGAGCUUGUGCAAUUUUGAAUAACGAAGUCCUCUGGGGAUUCUACUCUGGCCCAUCUUAUGUCGAAGAGCUUGCUGUAAAUGCUGUGGUUAGUAAAUGUCAGCCAUAUUAUGCCAUACCAAGUUCAUGGAUGUACCGAUCCGAUCUACCCCUUACUCCAAAUGGCAAAAUUGACAAGCAUGCUCUUUUGGCUUCAAUACCGGCCAACCAGGAAAUGCAGUUAAUCGCCCAACCGACUCCAGCAACUCUGAAUGACCUAGAGAAAUAUCCGGUUUCCACGGAUGAUACAGCUGUCACAACUGUUGAGUCAGACACAGGAGUGAAUAAAACUGAUUCUUCCACUUCGAGUAUUCAGGAGAAGCAUCCACUUCCACAAAAACUCGGAACCCACGGAGCUAGAGCGCUGCGUCACCGAUUCUUUUCUCUAUACCGACGGUUCUUCUCAGUUGUCUUCAUAGCCAACACGGUAGCGGUGAUUUACAUGAUCCACCGCUACGCAGUCCAAGGACCAGACCUUCCAAGUUUAGGGACCGCAAUAGGGGCGAAUUUAUGUACCGCGGUCUUAAUGAGGCAGGACCACGUUGUCAACCUUUUAUUCACCCUCGCAUGCUCUGUCCCCACCUCUGCUCCCCUUUUCAUACGGCGCAACUGUGCCAAAGUAUAUCAUAUUGGGGGCCUGCACAGCGGUGCAGGCGUUGCAGCGACUGCCUGGCUUUUGGUUUUCACCAUCGCAGCAACAAUCGAGUCCGCUCACCCAGCUGUUCUCGCCGUCUCGUACACACUCAUAGCGCUGCUUGUGGGCAUAGUCAUCUCAGCCCAUCCUACAUUCCGCGCUCGCUUCCAUAAUCGGUUCGAGCUGAUCCAUAGAUUUGCCGGAUGGACCGCACUGGCGCUGUUCUGGAUACAGACCAUCGUGUUGAGCGACAGCUUGCGCGGCACUUCCACAUUAGGGAAAGCCCUGAUAAACAGUCCAGGCUUCUGGCUCCUCCUCAUCGCUACCAGCAGCGUCGCUCUCCCCUGGCUCAACCUUCGCAAGGUGAACGUUCGACGCGACGUGCUCUCCGGCCACGCAGUCCGUCUCUAUUUCGACUACACCACCCCAGUCGUAGGCACCGCCGUUCGAAUCUCCCAGCGGCCUCUAGUGGAAUGGCACGCAUUCGCCACAAUCGCCAAGCCCAACGAAAAGGGGUUCUCCCUCCUCGUCUCAAACGCAGGUGACUGGACAUUAAACCAGAUCCAAAACGGCCCCUCAAAGCUCUGGGUCCGAGGCGUCCCCGCAUGCGGCGUUCUUCGAAUUGCACCUCUCUUCAAGAAGAUAGUGUUGGUCGGCACUGGAUCUGGCAUCGGCCCCUGUCUGCCUGUCAUAUACGCCAAGAAAGUUCCAUGUCGUAUCUUCUGGUCGACGCCCCAUCCGGAGAAGAAUUUUGGGCCUGAGAUCAUCAAGGCUAUAUAUGAUGCAGAUCCAGACGCAGUGAUCCAUAAUACGAAAACGAUGGGAAGGCCGGAUAUGGUCGCCAUUUCGUAUCGUCUUUUGCAGGAGAGCAAUGCGGAGGCGGUGUGUGUUAUUUCGAAUAAGAAGUUGACGCAGAUGAUCGUGUAUGCUAUGGAGAGUAGAGGCAUUCCUGCCUUUGGGGCGAUUUUUGAUUCCUGAUCGGGGUAGAAAAUGCGUGGACGCGUUCGAUUCCGUUGGUUGGGAAAAAACAUACUUAUGCUACGACUAUAAAAAUGAGGUGCUAAGGAUAUCAGCG